GAACAGGACGCGAUUAGAAUGCGAUGUUGUGCAAUAAUAUGAAAAGUUGAAAACAUGCAUGUUUUUACUUCCUUCCUUGUUAAAAGGAGUCACUCACUCACUGAUCUCCAUUCUCACUUCUCCUUUCUCGGAUCUCUCUCAUACCCUUUAUCUCUUUUCUUCUUCACCUUCGCUUUCCCUUAACAAGGUGGGAGAUGGCGCAAAUUCUGCUUCAUGGGACUCUCCACGCUACCAUUUAUGAGGUUGAUAAGCUCAAUGCUGGCGGUGGCGGCAAUUUUUUCAGCAAGCUCAAGCAAAACAUCGAGGAGACUGUAGGUAUUGGAAAGGGAGUUACUAAACUCUAUGCAACCAUUGAUCUGGAGAAGGCAAGAGUAGGAAGGACUAGAAUUUUAGAAAAUGAACAUACUAAUCCCAAAUGGGAUGAGUCUUUUCACAUUUAUUGUGCCCAUGUGGCUUCAAAUAUUAUAUUCACUGUGAAAGAUGAUAAUCCUAUUGGGGCAACAUUAAUUGGAAGAGCAUAUGUGCCAGUUUCUGAGGUCUUGGAUGGUGAUGAAAUAGAUAAGUGGGUUGAAAUCUUGGACACACAGAAAAACCCAAUAGAAGGGGGUUCAAAGAUCCAUGUGAGGCUGCAAUAUUUUGAUGUAUCAAAAGACCGCAACUGGGCUCGAGGAAUUAGAAGUCCAAAAUACCCUGGAGUUCCCUAUACUUUCUUCUCACAGAGGCAAGGAUGUAAGGUAUUUCUGUACCAAGAUGCUCAUGUACCUGAUAACUUUGUACCUAAAAUACCUCUUGCUGGAGGCAAGAAUUAUGAGGCUCAUAGGUGUUGGGAGGAUAUAUUUGAUGCGAUCACUAAUGCAAAACACUUUAUAUACAUUACUGGUUGGUCUGUUUAUACUGAAAUUUCCUUGGUAAGGGAUUCUAGGCGGCCAAAGCCUGGGGGAGACCAAACACUUGGUGAGCUUCUCAAGCAAAAGGCAAGUGAAGGUGUUAGGGUAUUGAUGCUUGUUUGGGAUGAUAGAACAUCAGUUGGUUUGUUGAAAAAAGAUGGAUUGAUGGCUACUCAUGAUGAAGAAACCGAACAGUUUUUCAGGGAAACUGAUGUGCACUGUGUUUUAUGCCCUCGCAAUCCUGAUGAUGGCGGGAGCAUUGUUCAAGAUUUACAGAUUUCUACCAUGUUUACUCAUCACCAGAAGAUUGUGGUGGUUGACAGUGCUUUGCCUGGUGGAGGAGGGUCAGAGAAGCGAAGAGUUGUGAGUUUUGUUGGGGGUAUUGACCUCUGUGAUGGAAGAUAUGACACUGCCUUCCACUCACUUUUCAGAACCCUGGACACAGCACACCAUGAUGAUUUUCAUCAGCCUAACUUUACUGGUGCUGCAAUCACAAAAGGUGGUCCCAGGGAACCAUGGCAUGACAUUCACUCCCGGCUUGAAGGACCCAUAGCUUGGGAUGUUUUGUUCAACUUUGAGCAGAGAUGGAAAAAGCAAGGUGGGAAGGAUAUACUUGCUCCACUGAGAGAGCUUGAAGAUGUCAUUAUUCCCCCAUCCCCAGUAACGUUUCCUGAAGAUCAUGAGACCUGGAAUGUUCAGUUGUUUAGAUCGAUUGAUGGUGGGGCUGCUUUUGGGUUCCCAGACACUCCUGAAGAUGCUGCCAAAGCUGGGCUUGUUAGUGGGAAGGAUAACAUCAUUGAUCGUAGCAUUCAAGAUGCUUAUAUUCAUGCGAUUCGACGUGCUAAGAAUUUCAUCUAUAUUGAAAAUCAAUAUUUCCUUGGAAGCUCUUUUUCCUGGAGCUCUGAUGAUAUUAAGCGUGAAGACAUUGGUGCAUUGCAUCUAAUCCCAAAGGAACUUUCCCUUAAGAUUGUUAGUAAGAUUGAAGCUGGGGAAAGGUUUGCCGUGUAUGUUGUAGUCCCUAUGUGGCCAGAGGGUAUCCCAGAAAGUGCAUCAGUUCAGGCAAUAUUGGACUGGCAAAAGAGAACAAUGGAGAUGAUGUACAAGGACAUUGUUCAGGCACUCAGAGCUAAGGGAAGUGACGAAGAUCCCCGAAACUAUUUGACAUUCUUCUGCCUUGGAAACCGAGAGGUGAAAAAAUCAGGAGAAUAUGAGCCUACUGAAAAACCAGAUCCUGAUACAGAUUAUCAGAGAGCUCAAGAAGCCCGGCGUUUCAUGAUUUAUGUUCAUACCAAGAUGAUGAUUGUUGACGAUGAAUACAUAAUCAUUGGAUCUGCCAACAUCAACCAGAGAUCAAUGGAUGGGGCUAGGGACUCUGAGAUUGCCAUGGGUGGUUAUCAGCCAUAUCAUUUGGCUACCACACAGCCAGCACGUGGCCAAGUCUACGGUUUCCGCAUGUCAUUGUGGUAUGAGCACCUUGGCAUGCUUCAUGACUCCUUCCAGAAGCCACAAAGUGAAGAAUGCAUCAAUAAGGUGAACCAGAUUGCAGACAAAUAUUGGGAUUUGUAUUCUAGUGAGUCACUUGAGCGUGACCUUCCCGGUCACCUUCUACGCUACCCUAUUGGUGUUGCCAGUGAAGGAGAUGUCACUGAGCUGCCAGGAUUUGAAUUCUUCCCAGACACCAAGGCUCGCAUUCUUGGUGCCAAAGCUGACUACCUCCCUCCUAUCCUCACUACCUAGUUUGGUCUUGUACUUUGUUACAAUUUUCUGAUUGCUUACAUAUCCUAAUGUUGUGUUUUCAUCACUUCUUAGUAAUAAUCUUAUUAGUCUCUGAUGUCUUGUGGACAUGUUUUUCUCUAUUUUUCUGAAGAUGUCAAUGACAGAUGUAUGUUAGUUAUCUGGUGGUGUUGGUUAGCAUGGUUUUGACUGCUAUCUAACAAUGUUUCCUUUCUCCCACAGUGGUAUUGUUGUUUUUGUA